GCUUCCUCCGACGACAAGCACCGCACGACCGGGCCAGCGUCACGUCAGAUCCUCCCUCCGCCGUCCCAGCCCCGUCACAUCAUCCCGUGCUCCGCUCAGGCUCAGCUCAGCUCACUCGUCCCCUCGUCCUCGUGUGUACAGCCACCACGGGUGUCGACCGGCCGUCCAAAUAUCUCCUCCCCACCCGCGCAGCUUCCCGGAAGCUUCUCCCCCGAGAUGGACAUGGGGUCGCCGUCAUCAUCCUCUCGAUCGUACCGUCCUAUCCAUCAUGAUCCGUCCUCACCUCCCCCUCCCUCCCCGCUUUAUACAAGAGGCCAGCCAGCGCUCGGCUUCUUGCGCCCCGUCGACGCAGAAACAACGACAGCGGCGACGGUUCUUCAUCGAUCCACUCCCGGCUGGUCGCUGCUUGGUCAUCGGAGAAUGGCUGACGAUGGUGCUGGGGCGUACGAGGACCUGCUGCCGGUGAUGGCGGGGCGGCUGGGCACGGCGGGGCUGCUGUCGGAGCUGCGGGCGGGGUUCCGGCUGCUGGCCGACCCGGCGCGGGGCGCCAUCACGCCCGAGAGCCUGCGGCGGAGCGCGGGGGCGGUGCUGGGCGUGGCGGGGAUGACGGCGGAGGAGGCGCGGGCGAUGGUGGGCGAGGGCGACCAGGACGGCGACGGGGCGCUGAGCGAGCAGGAGUUCUGCGUGCUCAUGGUGCGGCUCAGCCCCGGCAUCAUGGCCGACGCCGAGGGAUGGCUCGAGGAGGCCAUCGCCGAUGAGCUGCUCCCGCCGCCGCCGCCGCCAUCCGCGCCGGCCGCCUGAGCGGUCACCUGCAUAGCUAGCCAUGUUGAUUGUUAUGUACUAGUACUUGCAUCGCUACUGACUCUGUAUGUUUGUUGUAUCAUUGCCGUGUAGUCGCCGUUGUUUGAGUGUUCGUACGUACAUGGUGAUGCUCUUUGAGGCCUUGAGCUUUGCUUUAUUGAUUAAUUUAGCUCGCGCAUGGACUUUUUAGCUCA